ACUACACCCCCCACAAUACAUUGCGUUUUCAACAUGGCGUCUCACAUUGCCGCUUGACUUCUGGCAACAAGACCAAAACACAGCUAAAGGUAACUAGGACAGCGUAGUGAGGUUGACUGAUAAUAUUACAGGCAGGAGGAUGAAACCGUUGCUGGAAGUGUUAAAACGAAUCCGUAAACCAACUGUUAACACCAGUCACCAGCGAUGUUUGAGCUCCUGUGCCGGCAGCGGCCUGUUGACGUUACCUAUCCGAGAUGAGGCUCUCUUCGUCGGGUCAAGCCGGGAGCUAGUGCAGAGACUCCGCUCACAGGCGGAAGUGAGGACGGGCUUCAUCACUGAGGAGGAGGAGGGGGCUUUUCUGGGAGAGCUGGAGCCAGGCCUGAAGAAGAAACGCUACGAAUUCGACCAUUGGGACGAUGCUAUUCACGGGUACAGAGAGACUGAGCGUGUGAGGUGGGGGCCAAAGUGUGAAGAGGUCUUGAAUCGUGUCCGAUCAGUAGCGUUUCCUGAGGGUAGUCCACUCCUCGGGCCUGUGCACAUUCUAGAUCUGGACAAGACUGGGUACAUCAAGCCUCACAUUGACAGUGUCAAGUUCUGUGGUAGCACUAUUGCUGGGUUGAGUCUCCUGUCAGACAGUAUCAUGCGCUUGGUGAAGGAGGAUGCAACCAACGAAUGGCUGGACCUGCUGCUGCCCCGGCGCUCCCUCUACAUACUGAGGGACCAGGCCAGGUUUAACUUCACUCACCAGAUCCUGAAAGACGACGAGUCUGUGUUCAAUGGACAGAGAGUGCCUCGGCUGCGUCGUAUCUCUGUCAUCUGUCGGAACCUUCCGACGUAAAACCCACUUCCACUCAGCCUGGAUAUGAAUGUCCAGGCCAUUAUUUAGCAGUUGAGACACUCUCCAUACUAUGCUAUUGAGAAAUAUUUAUUGGGUCAAAUUGCACCAGAAAGUGAAGAGUACUGAA